AUUGCAAAGAGAAAUUGAAGGUUUAGACAAAUAUCUUUGGCUAGUUGAAAAUGGACAAGAUCGAAAGAUCGAUCUGACAAUGAGCAAUGAGGAUUGGAAUGAAGUGCAUGAUUGUGUGACUGUUGAACGUCGUCGCCCCGCAUCAUCUGAUGAACCUGAUUCAGGCAUUGAAUUACCAUUUGGUUGGAUCAAACAAUGGAGUGAACGAGAAGAACAAUUUUAUUAUUUUAAUACACACACGAAAGAAUCGCGUUGGAAACCACCAAAUUGA